GGAUGAAUGAGUCGGUGCGUGCGGUGAUUAUCUCUGCCCCUGACAUCGCUGAGAUGACUCACGUUGGUUCCACUCUCUCCCCCCGUGUAGAAUCAUCGCUGACGUCUACAUUUGGAGGCUCCACACAAAGUGUGGAUGCAGAGCUGGGUGAGCUGUAUACGAGACAGAAGACAGAGUGUCCGGGCAGAGAGAGGGAGUGGAAGAGGCUGGGGGAGGAGAGGAGGACGGAGGGAGCCAGGGGGGUCCCCCCUGGGGAGGACAAGGGGGAAAAGACAAGCUCACUGGGACGCACCUUCAGCUUCCUGCUCAAGAUGGCCGGACCCCGCAAGAACAAAGAGAAGGAGCGCAUGAAGGAGCGGGAGAAGGAGGCGCGCGACAGGGAGGCGCGCUACAGCAACGGCCACCUCUUCACCUCCCUCACCGUGUCCGCCACCACGCUCUGCUCAGCCUGCAACAAGAGCAUCACCGCCAAGGAGGCACUCAGCUGCCCCAGUGAGUACCCUCUGACACUGACACACUCACACACACUCACAGACACUUACAUACACACCGAGCCAGACAGUGGUUACAGAGUUUUCAAUGAAAAUCGGAGCUUCAACAGCUCUCCUAUGAUGAAGGAGAGACCCAGCUCAGCCAUCUAUCCGUCCGACAGUAUACGUCAGUCCCUGCUGGGCGCGCGCCGCGUUCGCUCUGGCCUCUCCCUCUCCAAGAGCGUCUCCACCACUAACAUUGCAGGGAACCUGAACGAUGACUCUCCACUGGGGCUGCGCAGGAUCCUGUCCCAGUCUACAGACUCCCUCAACUUCAGGAACAGAGCCAUGUCCAUGGAGUCCCUCAACGACGAGGGGGAGGUGUACUACGCGGCUCUGCUGGAGGAGUUGGAGCGUGAGGGGAAGGACUUUGAGGCGGACUCCUGGAGUCGGGCGGUGGACUCGUCCUACCUGCAGACGCACCGCAAGGACGUCAUCAAGAGGCAGGACGUCAUCUACGAGCUGAUCCAGACCGAGUUCCACCACGUGCGCACCCUGCGCAUCAUGGAGGGCGUGUUCCGCCAGGGCAUGCUGGAGGAGGUGCUCCUGGAGCCGGGCGUGGUGCACGCCGUGUUCCCCUGCCUGGACCAGCUGCUGGCCCUGCACACGCGCUUCCUGGCCCAGCUGCUGGCCCGCCGCACGCACAGCCUGGCGCCCGGGAGCACCACCAACUCCACCAUCCACCAGCUGGGGGAUGUGCUCACCGAACAGUUCUCGGGUCAGUGUGCGGACGAGAUGAGGAAGGCCUAUGCUGAGUUCUGCAGCCGCCACCCCAAAGCUGUCAAACUGUACAAGGAGCUGCUGGCCCGAGACAAGAGGUUCCAGCACUUCAUACGGAGGGCGAGCCGUGGACCCCUGCUGCGUCGCCAUGGCGUCCAGGAGUGCAUCCUGCUGGUGACCCAGCGCAUCACCAAAUACCCGGUGCUCAUCCAGCGCAUCCUGGACAACACCAAGGGCAGCGAGGAGGAGGCCCAGUCCAUAUCGGGCGCCCUGACUCUGCUCCGCGAGCUGCUGAGCUCGGUGGACCAGCAGGUUCUGGAGCUGGAGCGGACCCAGAGGCUGCAGGAGGUGCGGGCCAGGCUGGACCCCCGAGCCCAGGCUGAGGUGCGGGGUGGCGGGGUCUUCCGGGGAGGGGAGUUGCUGCGGAGGAGGCUGCUCCACGAGGGGACCCUGCUGUGGAAGACGCAAGGCUCCCGCCUCAAAGACGUCCAGGUGCUGCUGAUGACAGACAUCCUGGUGUUCCUGCAGGAGAAGGAUCAGAAGUUUAUCUUCCCUUGCCUGGACAAGCCCGCCGUGGUGUCUCUGAAGAAUCUCAUUGUGCGGGACAUAGCCAAUCAGGAGCGCGGGAUGUUCCUGAUCAGUGACUCCACCCCCCCGGAGAUGUACGAGCUGCACGCCGCCUCCAAGGAUGACAGGAAGAAGUGGAUGAAGCUCAUCCAGCAGACCGUCUGCAGCUGUCCCUCCAGAGAAGACUUCCCCCUGAUAGAGACGGAGGACAAAGCCCUACUGCGCAGACUGAGAGCGGACAUCCAACAGAAGGACCGGGAGGUUCUGGAGCUGCUGCAGGAGAGGGUCACCCUGUUCUCCGACCUGGCCGAGGUCACGGGCUGCGGCCAGGAGGCGGCCCCUCCCGUCAACUCCAGGAACAUGUUCCGGGCCGACACGCCGUACGCCCCCCAGGCAGAGUGUCUGCUCACUGACGCCAUUUCCGAAGUGGACAGACUCAGUGAACUGCUGCUGGGCUCCAACAUCGAGUUCCCACAGAGCUCCAGUACCAACGGAACCUGCAGUACCAACAGUGACCAGAACCACACUGGGGCACCAGUGAGCAACGGUGAUUCCAUUUCCAUCAAUGGCACCCAUGAGACCAAUGGAAGUCCUUCACCCAAGGACAGGAAUGGUAACCAGCUCCAAGACAGGUCCCUCAAUGAGGAGGUGUGUCAGCGACUGGUCAAUGUCAGUGCCCAGCUUCAUGCUUUGCAGGCUGCCGUCAUCCGCCAAGACUCCAUCCUCGAGCUCUGCCCCCGUGAGGGCCUCGCCCCCCCCCACCCCCACGUCCGCCCACGCCCCCGCGCCGUCCACCCCGUCGCCAAGCUCAACCGCUCCAUGUCCCGCGACACGGGCCUGGACGCCGGCACGACGGCGGCGGCCGUCGACGACGCGUCCAUGCUGCAGAGGCAGAACGCCUUCCUGCAGGAGGAGCUGGUCAGGCUGCGGCCCCUGGAGGCCAGGCUGAGGGAGAGCGAGAGGGCCCGCGCCCUGCUGGAGCAGCAGCUGAGGGAGGCGCAGGGCCGCCGAGGCAGCCGAGGCAGCAACGGAGACAUCGGGGACGUCGUCGUGUCUGAGCAGGCUCUGCCCAAAAGAAGAGGGAGUGCCGAUGGAGAAUCCGGACCGGUCGCGCCAUUGGCCUGCCAGGAACCCGUGGACCAAUUAGACGGCGUACAGGAGGGCAGCGAGGAGGAGUCUGAUGAGGAACCAGACGUAGUGAGGAUUUCACCUCGUUCCGACAGCCCCAGAGAUCUCCAAGACAUCCCAGAGGAGGCCGAAUGCGGGCCGGAAGCACGGGAGUCCGAGGCAGACACAGAGACGGUUCUGAGUUAACGUCAACCCGGGCCCCAGGACCGCAACCUGCACACACAAUACUACCCAAUAAACCAAACCUGAGAACCAGACCGUCCUCCAAUCAGCCAACCAAUCAACCCACCAAUCAACCAAUCAGAUCGUAUACUCCUCUUUAGUCAUUUCGUCGGAUCUCUUUUGUUUGCAUUGACAUAGGCGAGCCAGUAAGGAAUUUUGCGUCUUAUGGUUUUCCCUUAGCUCUGGGAUGUUGAAGAAAUAGUCGUUUUCAUGUCAUUUUGAUUGUGUUAUGAGCUUCGUCUUGGGGGAUGGAUGAGCUUCCCCAGGCCCGGCACCUUCUCUCUCUCGCGAUGUCCCACCGUAGGAGAGGGAGUGAGGGGAAAGACGGGAUUCCGAGAACACAAGUAUUCGAAAGACGUAGGUUUAGGGUUAGGUUUAGGUAUCCGAUGAUACCCAGUAGGAACUAUAAUACUGUGUACUGUAACUGCCUGUUGUUGUUUCGUAAGACCUCAUUUGAGACUUGCCUUAUCUGGCUGACUGACUAAUGCUGAACUCAGUACCGAUGGAGGGGACGGGGUUAUACUGUAUAUAUACUUGUUGAGAUGUUUUUGCAGGUCUUAAUCAACUCUUGCCUCACCCCACCCCCAAAUACUCUCUCUUGAACUUGGAUUGAUCCUUUUUCAAACAACCAAAUGUUUUUAUGUUUUUCCUGUGAAGGCAAGGGUAGUUAGCUCACAAGGAAUGUUUUACUUUGUUUAUAUGAUAAGCAGACGGGUGUUUUUACUAUGAACUGUUGCUGAACUACUUACCAAGGACCACAGUGACACAAACAUUUCUUGUUUGCUAAGUAAAACCAACAAUAACCAUUUGGGAGUUGUUAAAUGUAUUAUUAAGGGCUGACUCAACCCCAUUAAAAUGAAUAUAUGUGGACUGUUUUUAUGUUGAUAGGCUUCUGCAGUAUUACAGUCAUGUCAUUCUAUGUGGUGUACACUGCACUUAACGGUUGGAAGUCUGAAGAGAAAUUAAAUUAAUAUUCUCUAUUUUAUAAGUUGAGGUAUAGCCUACAGUUUGAUAAACUUGGAUCAAUUUAUUGGACACCAACAACCUGGCCUUUUUAAAAUGUGUAACUUCUCACUUAAUAUGAGUGUAUUCGAAACUAAAACAGUUUGAUGGGAUUUAAGGAUGUCCAUUGAACUUUAAAAAGAAACGCACACCAUUUUAUUGUUGAAUGCUACAAAAUAUAUCACAAAGGUUUUUGUUUGUAUAAAUAUUUGAUCUGUUCUGGAAAAAAGAAAAUGUUGACUUUGUACAUGGUAAUGUUGUAAUAUUAUUGUCUUUUUACUUUAAUUGUACUUAAUAUUCUUGUUCGUUUAGUGUGGUGUUCAUAAACCUUACAGAAUGUAAA